GUGGGGCAACAAGGGGGCUGGAGCACCAGUGCAGGCUCCCUAAUGUUGGGGGGGACUUGAACCUAGGCGGCCAAAUCCAGCUCCCAGACCUGAGGUUCCCCACCCUUGGGCUAGCUGAAACAGGGCAAUUGUGAGUCACUGCAAGCAGGGUGAUGAGGUUGAGCCAGGCCAAACACCAAACAGCUAGGGUGUCAGUGAACAAGCAAGUCCCAAACAGGUGAACUCCAGAGCUAGCCCUUCCUGAGGAUUCACUCAAGUGAGAAUCAAUUCAGCACUUUGCUUUAACUCUACAGAUUGGAUUUGCAUUUCACAAUUUUCUGCUAUAGCUCUCUUGACUGAUACCUCUGUUUUCAUCCAGCUUCAGUAUGAAUACCAUUGCUAACAUAAUGCAGGAGCUGCGAGACUAUUGGGCAGAUCAUUUCUCACGCAGAUUUCUACCCAAGAGGCCUCCCCUUCGCCGAAUCACCUCCAUUUCCACUUUUUACCUCCUGGACUUCAGAACCCGGCAGGCUGAACUAGGUUUGGAUUACGGCCCUCCGCGGGCUCAGCUGAGUGAUACCAAGUUUGUCUUCCAGGAUGGCAAAUGGCAAGGUGAAAGUGGCCUCUCUCAUCGGCCUCCACUGCUGCAGUUAUUCUCCUCUGGUGACAGGGAGCAGUCCUGUAAGGCCCUGAAGAAGGAGAACAAGGCUCUCCUGGAAGAGAACAAUUACCUGAAGCUGCAGCUUGAGCUGUUGAUGGACAUGCUGACAGAAACCACUGCCCGACUUCACAUGAUAGAGAAAAAGAAGGACAACCCCACAUGGCAUAACAAGAUGAAGAAGCCAAAUAAAGUAUUGAUGCUUAAAUCCUAGCAAGAACUGUGGAUGCAAGACCUGGGAGUUUGCAUUUGUUGAAACACAUGCAGAUCUGCCUCCUUGGUUCCAGAAGUUUAAUACAUUCCUGAAUCAAAUUUAUCUGUAGAGUGAUUUUUGCUUUAAUUGUAUGUAUUAAGCAAAUUAGAAUUUAUUUUAUGAUUGACAGAAAACAGGAAAUCAGUCUGUACAGUUCAUUACACUUCAAAACCAGAUCUGACCAUUCAUGAAUCAUGGCAUUAAAUAAAUGAAAAACAGCUUUACCCAUUAUCCAAAUGCAGAAAUUGAGACUUAUGAAUAUUCUUGAAUUUUAAAUCUCUUUUAAUGAACAGUGUAAUAAAAUAAUGAAACUUAGCACUUUUAUGCUCUCACUUUUCAUAUAUACAUUUCAAAGCAUUUUAAAGGAAACUAAAUAUCAUUACCUGAA